AUGCCGGGAGUUCUCCUCUUAUGUGGGCGAGAUGACCCAAGUGGUUAUGGCGCGAAUUUACUGACCGGAAGGUCCGUGGUUCAAACCCGACCUCUGCCUCUCGACUUUCCCUGUCUAGGCUUGGGCAACCUGGCAGUAUCACAGCCCCCGUGCCUUUUUCGAGUGGCAUGGCAGCUAGGCCCUAGAAGGGUGCUAAAGCUGAACGUAGUCCUCUUAUACGAACCUCAGGAACCGACACGAACUUACCGAAUCAAAUCGUCAUUAAGACGCUGUCGAUCGGAUGACUUCAGGUGGUCCCGCACCUUCAAUGGUUCCCACCUCCCAGUCUCCAGCUGUAGGGCUGAUCUGCUCACUGGUAUACUGUCCUACCCGUACCCUCGUUGUGUACCGCUUAACUGUUUUGGCCCGCGCACUACACAGUCUUGUUCGUACUUUUUAAUGAAGUGUUGGUUGAUUCUCGAGCUUUGCCAGAAUGACCAAGAAAGCCAGACGUCCCCGUCUCUGUGCAAUCCAUCACCCCACAGCAUGAGUACUUUCAAAAAGUUCUUUGGUUCCAAGAAAAAUGAUGCUGGCAAUGCCAAAGCUGCAGCCAAACAGCUGGAAGAAACCAGAGAUUUGUUGACCAAGAAGUCUGAGUUCCUCGAGAAGAAAAUUGAAGAGGAACUAAACACCGCCAGACGUUAUGGAAUGAAAAACAAGAAAAUGGCCUUGAAAGCCCUUGCCCGUAAAAAGGGUUAUGAGAACCAAUUACAAAAGAUCGACAACACUAUCCUGAUUGUUGAAAGCCAACUACAAGCCUUGGACAAUGCCGGCAUGAAUUUGGAGGUUUUCCGUGUCCUGAAAAAUACUUCAGAGUCGAUGAAGGGUUUACACAAAAAUAUGAAGCUUGAUAACGUGCAGGAUAUUAUGGAUGAUAUCGCAGAGCAGCGAGAAAUAGCGCAGGAAAUAUCGGACGCGAUCUCUAAUCCGGCCACUUUUGGUCUCGAGAUCGAUGACGAUGAACUGGCUCGUGAGUUGGAAGCCCUCCAGGCGGAAGACCUGGAGAGGCAGAUGUUGGAUGUAGGUCCGUUGCCCGACGUCCCAAGCAUUCCGAGCCACGAAAUUGCAGGUCCCUCCACGGUCAAACCUCAAGCCGAUAUUGAAUUGUUGGCGGAGGACGUUCUCUCACCACCGCAAACCAUUGAUGAUACGUUGUUCGUCGACUCUGUGACAAAUUUUCCUAUAUUGGAAAAGAAUGUUUAA